CACUUGCUGGCGUUCUCUGCCUUUUCUGCUCAUCAUCUCCAUUUGUUACCACUUCCCUCAGGAAGAGGCAAUGUGCUUAGUCCGGACGAUGAGCCCCAGGCCUCUGUCUGCAAGGAAUGCUGUUGCGUGGCUGGCUGUGUGGGCAGGAUGAUAGUAGGAAAAACAACAGCUCGUGCUCCAGAUGUGCUGUGUGACUGUGGGAAGUCCCCUGGCUUCUCUGGGCCCCGGUUUUCUCUAAGAGGAUAUCAGUAAUGCCCCUGCCCACGAGGAGCAAAUGAACUGUGUGUGGCAGCACUUUGCAAAGUACGAAGCUGUAUCGUGUCAGGAGCGUGCCUCCGAUUACCGGGCUCCAAACCGUGGGUUCGCCUUGCACGGCUGCCUCUGGUUUUGCCAGUGGCCAGAUAGCUUCCAUAUCCCUUUGGAUUUUGCUGUUCAGAAGCCUUUGAUGGCUCCUUAUUUCCCACCUUAUCAUGACCACACCCCCUUGCCUGGCUUUUCAGGCCCAACCUAGUUAAUUAAGCCGUGUCUGACCUCUCCUAAUCUGUGGCUCACCUACCCCACAUGUGAGUGCCAAGCUCAUUCCCAUGGCUCUACCUUUGCUCCAGUGCCGUGGUCGGCAAACCGCGGCUCGCAAGCCACAUGCGGCUCUUUGGCCCCUUCAGUGUGGCUCUUCCACAAAAUUCCACAAAAUACCACGUGCGGGCGCGCACGUACAGUGCAUUCUCCUCCACUCCCUGUCCUGUCCUGACCUGAGGCUGAUGCAGGAAGCUUCCUGGCCACCCACCAUCCGUACGCAUCCUUCUUCAAAGCCCAGUGCAGGAGUCUGCUCUCCCAUGAGACCUUGCCGUUCACAUCAGCCCUUGUCCAUCACGUUCUCUAAAUUUGCGUAAUGCUUAUAACUUAAAUCCUUUCACUUAACAACUAGCCAGUUUGAGUUUUAUUAGUUUGCUCUUUCAUUUGCAUUAGUUCUGUUUCCCUGAGUUUCCUUUACAUUCCCUGCAAGUGGAGUCCAGGAUUUCUCUUUUGGCAUCUCCUACAGCAUCUGGCACAGUGCUGAGCAUCAGGCAGAGGAUGUCAGCUUCCUCUACCAUCCCUGUGCCCACCCCUGGCUGAAGCUCCAGCUGGUCCUCCUGGCCCACGUCCACGUGGCCCAGCCCUCCCUGGCCCCUGACGCCAGCCUCACUCAGGACCGGCCCCUGGUGCUGGAAGCGUGGGGGGUGGUGCUGGAGAUGGCAUGGGUGGAGCCAGCCUGGGCUGCCCACUUGCUGAAGCGAAGGCGGUGGAAGAGGCAGAGGAAGAAGGCACAGUUCCUGUCCGACAGCCUUUCUGGGCCCUCUCCCUGGGCGCAAACGCCGGGCAGAGGGAAGCUGUGCCGGAGAGGGUGUGUGCAGGCCCCAGCUUUGGCCUUUACUCUGCGGAGCUGGCGGCCCCCAGGCCCAGAGGUGGUGUCUCGAGGGCCCAGGCAGCACUCCCCUGGUGGUGCCAAGAGGCGCGGGCUUCGGGCCGCCCUUGGUCUCCAGCCUACUUCCUCAGCCCCGAGGUUCCCCUCCGCUUCCCCAUGGAGCGUGGAGACCAGGAAGCCCAAGCUAGGAACCCCAGGUGAAGGGGGUGAUGCUCCAUUUGUGCCCACUGCCCCCCUGCUGCCUGGGGGGCCUCGAGGCAGUGCCAGCUCCAGGAUAGAGGCCCAGGUGCCCAAAGGGCAGGGCAGCCCAGGUGGCUGUGCCUGUCCAAGCCAGGCUUCCCCCGCCCCUCGGGCAGCAGCGCCUCCGCGGGCAGCCCGGGGCCCCACCCCACGCACGGAGGAAGCCGCCUGGGCUGCCAUGGCCCUGACCUUUCUGUUGGUGCUGCUCACCCUGGCCACACUCUGCACUCGGCUGCACCGAAACUUCCGACGCGGGGAGAGCAUCUACUGGGGGCCCGUGGCGGACAGCCAGGACACUGUGGCUGCUGUGCUGAAGAGGCGGCUGCUGAUGCCCCCGCGCCGGGUCAGGCGCUCACGCCGGAGACCCCUCCUCCCACCCACGCAGGACAGCGGCCCAGAUGGGGACAGCUCCGACUGACGUGCCCCGGCCCUGCCACUGUGGCAGGUUUUGCCCCUCCUCCCCCGGGGAGGCCCUGACCUCUGCCACGUGGACCACGCGCAGGGCCGCCCUCUGGUGGCCGGAUGGAGCAUUUGCAGAAGGGUUCGUUCUUAAUGUGGUGUUUGUGGGGAAGGGUGGCCCAAGGAAGAAAAAGGAGCUGUUGUAGCCUCCUUUGCCAAAACUCUGUAUUUUUAACUAAAUUAUUUUAGUAGAA